GACGUCAAACGGUGGGUGACCGCGGCGGCGUCGGGUGUCCGCUCCUCGCGCAGCCGACGAGCCAUGUCGGACGGUGCCCGCCCCGAGGGCUGAUGCUCCGAGGGCUCCUGGACUGAGCGGUGGACAGCAAACGCCCCCGGAGAAUGGCAGCGCCGCAGGAGAACGGAUGAAUGCCAGAAGACGAGGAGGAGAAUUGGCGCGUCCGGCCGUGAUCGGUAUCGGUGAACUUGGAGUGAUAUAGUGACGGCUGGAGGUGACUUAGUGUCGUGACUGGUGAACUGGACAGCAGAAAAACGCCCGACUUCCGUGAGCUGUGGUGGGGGUAAAUUGCGAGGGGAAGACGCACAAUCUUUUACUGACUGAACUGAGGUCAUUUCUCCAAGCGAGAUUGUACCGUAUCGUAGCCAAUAGAAACCCGCGCAGUGAAGCUAGCCUGAGCGACACCCUAGAGUAAGUCAUUUCCCACUCCACAGAAUUACAGACAGCUGCGUAGGCACUUCAUGUUUGGUUUGAUGGGUGAAUGUAUGUCCUUUCACUAUGUGGUAAGGGAUUUCAUCGUACAAGACUGAAACAGCAGUGUUAGCUAUAACAUACGUUGAUUAGAAAACAAUUGCGUGAUAUAUUAGUGACGUUCAACUUCAACCCAAACUAAGAGACUACGGUGAACCGAGGGACACUGAUAAAAUUGUUGUGGCUAUAUGUGUUGCUGUUCAACUGUUGCACGAGAUAAAACAUCGUUUAUCCUGUGCAAAUAAUUUACGUCGGUAGAAACGCUGUGUGAAACUCCUGAGCCGCUGAAAACCAAGAGUGACACAGGGUUGCCGCACUGUUGUGAAAAACAGUGAACUAGAGGAGCAACGGCGCGACUCUGGAUAAACUAACCCUGUACUGAGCCGGACUGUUUACCAGAACAGUUUCCGACGUUUACUGAGUGCGCGUGUGUGUGAACUUGAGGCACAGCAAAGCGGUGACUGCUCAGUGACGGCAGAGGACCCGACUUAGCGCAGCAGUGACUCUGAGACACUGUCACCUCUCGGUAAUCGCUCAGUGACUGCUCGGUGACGGCGCAGCAGUGACUCUGAGGACACUGUCACCUCUCAGUGAUCGCUCAGUGACUGGCGGAGGACCCGACUGAGUGCAGCGGCGCAGGAACUGACACGCGGUGAUGCCAUGAAGCUGCCAGACAUGGUGCCACUGCCGCCCCGACCCACCCUGCUCUUCGUCGUCUCCCUCAACCUCCUUCUACACAGAGCGAGUGUCGCCGAGCCGGUGGUGGUGGGUGCCUCGGAUUACCUCGGAGGGGCCGGCAGCUCGGGUCAGAUGCCGCGCCUGGAGUACGGAGGCACGGCGAAUGUCACGGCCAGCGUGGGACAGACGGCCCGCCUGCUCUGCCGCAUAUACCACCUGGGCGAGAGGGCGGUCUCGUGGAUCCGUAAGCGUGACCUGCACAUUCUGACUACGGACAUCUUCACGUACACGUCCGACGCGAGGUUCCAGGUGGCGCACCAGGAGGGCUCCAGCAACUGGACGCUGCUCGUCAACUACGCGCAGACGCGCGAUUCGGGCAUCUACGAAUGCCAAGUGAACACUGAGCCGAAGCGCUCGCUGGCUUUCAACCUGCACGUUGUGGAGUCUUUUGCAAGAAUUCAAGGUCCUGGGAGAGUGUUUGCCAAAUUCAACUCCAUUCUGCGUCUAACCUGUGUGGUAAACAUGCCCAGGAACAGCAAUGUGGAGCUGACCUGGCUGCUGGACGGCCGUCCGCUCGGGGAGGAGCGCUGGGUCACAGAGAGCUCUGACGAGUACGUCACCUCGCGACUCGUCAUCCGGUCCGCAAGGGACUCCGACUCGGGCACCUAUACGUGCGCGCCCACACGUGCCGCGCACGCAGACGUGCAGGUGCACGUGAUCAGCGGGGAGCACCCGGCGGCGAUGCAGCACGGCGUGGCCGGCGGCCAGCGCCCCGUCUGCCCGCAUCUUAUCCUCCUGCUCAUCGGCCAUGUUAUUGUUGCGUGUUCUAGAUAAUAAACGGAUGUUUUCAUAA